CCGGCCCGCCCUUCCGCUUCUGCUCAUGCUUUCCUCCGCUUGCAUCAUUCUGCCGGGGUCGUCCCAGCUGCGGGCUUGCCGCAGCAACAAAAUGGUCCAGCAGGUCCCAGAAAACAUCAGCUUUCCUGCCGAGGAAGAGAAAAUCUUGGAGUUCUGGACGCAUUUCAAUUGUUUCCAGGAAUGCUUGAAGCAGUCCAAAAACAGACCCCGAUAUACCUUCUACGAUGGGCCUCCGUUCGCAACGGGGCUUCCUCACUAUGGACACAUCCUUGCAGGCACCAUCAAAGACAUCGUCACCAGAUACGCUCACCAGAGUGGAUUCCAUGUGGACAGAAGAUUUGGCUGGGACUGCCAUGGCUUACCUGUGGAAUAUGAGAUAGACAAGUCCCUGGGAAUCAGAGGGCCAGAGGACGUGGCCAAGAUGGGCAUUGCUGAGUACAAUCGCCAGUGCAGAGGGAUCGUGAUGAGAUACUCAGCUGAGUGGAAGGUCACCAUCUCCAGGCUGGGCCGCUGGAUUGACUUUGAGAACGACUAUAAAACCCUGUACCCCGAGUUCAUGGAGUCAGUGUGGUGGGUGUUCCGGCAACUCUAUGACAAAGGCCUAGUUUACCGUGGUGUGAAGGUGAUGCCCUUCUCGACGGCCUGCAGCACUCCUCUCUCCAACUUUGAGUCUCACCAGAACUAUAAGGAUGUUCAAGAUCCCUCAGUCUUUGUCACUUUCCCUUUGGAGGAAGAUGAAGCUGUGUCUCUGGUUGCGUGGACCACCACGCCCUGGACUCUGCCCAGCAACCUGGCCCUCUGUGUGAAUCCAGAUCUUCAGUAUGUGAAGCUGCAAGAUGCCGCUAUGGGAAGGAUCCUGAUCUUGAUGGAAGCCAGAUUGGGGGCCCUGUACAAGUCAGAGAGUGACUAUGUGAUCCUUGAGAGGUUUCCUGGCAUUUCUCUCAAAGGCAAGCACUACAAGCCAAUGUUUGAGUAUUUUGUGAAGUGUAAAGAAAAUGGCGCCUUCACCGUGCUCGUGGACAGCUUUGUGAAGGAAGAGGAGGGCACUGGCGUGGUGCACAGUGCGCCGUACUUCGGGGCUGACGAUUACCGAAUCUGCAUGGACUCCAAUGUUAUCCAGAAAGAUUCUGUCCCAAUUUGUCCUGUUGAUGCCUCCGGCUGCUUCACGUCCGAGGUCACCGAUUUUGCAGGGCAGUACGUGAAGGACGCUGAUAAGAACAUCAUCCGGGCCAUCAAGGAGCGUGGCCGACUGCUCCUCGCCAGCACCUUCAGCCACAGCUACCCCUUCUGCUGGAGGUCCGACACGCCACUGAUUUACAAAGCCGUCCCCAGCUGGUUCAUCAGAGUGGAGCACAUGGUGGCCAAACUUCUGGAGAACAAUGACCAGUGUUAUUGGGUUCCCGAGUUUGUGAGGGAAAAGCGCUUUGGGAAUUGGCUCAAAGAUGCCCGCGACUGGGCCAUCUCCAGAAACAGAUAUUGGGGCACCCCGAUCCCGCUGUGGGUCAGUGAUGACUUGGAAGAGGUGGUCUGCAUCGGGUCAGUGGCGGAGCUGGAAGACUUGACGGGGACCAAGAUCUCGGAUCUCCACAGGGAGAGCGUUGACCACCUGACAAUCCCAUCCCGCCGAGGAAAGAGCCCCUUGCGUCGAGUGCCCGAGGUUUUCGACUGCUGGUUCGAGAGCGGGAGCAUGCCCUACGCCCAGGUCCACUACCCCUUCGAGAACAAGCGGGAGUUUGAAGAAGCCUUUCCUGCCGACUUCAUCGCCGAAGGCAUCGACCAGACGCGCGGAUGGUUUUACACUCUGCUGGUGCUGUCCAGUGCCCUCUUUGGGAAGCCUCCCUUCAAGAACGUGAUUGUGAACGGGCUGGUCCUGGCCAGCGAUGGUCAGAAAAUGAGCAAACGGAAGAAGAACUACCCUGAUCCGGCAGGGAUCGUCAGCAAGUAUGGCGCCGAUGCCCUGCGGCUGUACCUCAUUAACUCCCCUGUGGUCCGAGCGGAGAACCUACGAUUUAAAGAGGAGGGGGUCCGAGACGUCCUCAAAGAUGUCCUCCUUCCGUGGUACAAUGCCUACCGCUUUCUCAUUCAGAAUGUCCUUCGUCUUCAUAAGGAGGAGGAGGUAGAAUUCCUGUAUAAUGAGGACACCGUGAAGGAGAGCAGCAACAUCACUGACUGCUGGAUCCUGUCCUGCAUGCAGUCCCUCAUCGGGUUCUUUGAGGUUGAGAUGGCUGCUUACCGACUGUACACCGUGGUGCCACGAUUAGUUAAGUUUGUGGAUGGGCUGACCAACUGGUACGUCCGAAUGAACCGGCGGCGGCUCAAGGGUGAAAAUGGGACCGAUGACUGUGUCAUGGCCUUAGAGACUUUAUUUAGCAUUCUCUUCUCCCUCUGCAAACUGAUGGCCCCCUACACCCCUUUCCUCACGGAGCUGAUUUACCAGAACCUGAAGACCCUCAUUGACCCGGCCUCGGUCCGGGAGAAGGACACACUGAGCAUUCACUACCUCAUGCUUCCUCACGUCCGAGAGGAUCUGAUUGACAAGAAGACCGAGAGCGCCGUCUCCAGAAUGCAGUCCGUCAUCGAGCUGGGCCGAGUCAUCCGGGACCGCAGGACGAUUCCGAUCAAGUACCCUCUGAAGGAGAUUGUGGUCAUCCACCAAGAUCCCGAGGCCCUGAACGACAUCAGGGCUUUGGAGAAGUAUAUCCUGGAGGAGUUGAAUGUUCGGCGGGUGACCUUGUCUACAGAUAAACAGAAAUACGGCAUCCGGCUCAGAGCAGAGCCCGACCACAUGGUCCUGGGCAAGCGCCUCAAAGGGGCCUUCAAGGCUGUGAUGGCGUCCAUCAGGGAGCUGCCCAGCGAGCAGCUGGAGUGCCUGCAGCGCACUGGAUCCCUUGUUGUGGAGGGGCAUGAGCUUCGCACAGAAGACGUCCGCCUGCUGUACACCUUCGACCAGGCCUCGUCUCACUAUGAAGCGCACUCAGAUGCUCAGGUCCUGGUACUCCUGGAUGUCACCCCCGAUCAGAGCAUGGUUGACGAAGGCAUGGCCCGGGAGGUCAUCAACCGCAUUCAGAAGCUCCGGAAGAAGUGCAAUCUGGUCCCGACGGACGACAUCGCUGUGUACUACAGGUCCCCCUCUCAAGGGGACUACCUAGACACUGUCAUCCGGACUCACACGGACUUUAUCUUGGCCACCAUCAAGGCUCCUCUCCAACCUUACCCAGUGCCGCCAUCGAGCAGAGUGCUCAUCCAGGAAGUGACCCAGCUCAAGGGCUCUGACCUGGAAAUCACCCUGACCCAAAGCACGGCCCCACCUGCAGCCCCGCCUGCUCCUGCAUGUGCUUACGUCAAUCUGGACGUCUGUGUCGAUGGUAAACAGCGAGGUGGAGUCCUGCUCCUUGAGAAUCCCAAAGGAGAUCACCAGCUAGACCUCACAAAACUCAAGGGUGCCAUCAGCAGCAUCUUUGACCUUGGUGCUCCACAGCUGGCUGUUUUCCACGGAAAUACAGAAGUUGUCAGCAAAACUGACUUGCUGAGUCUCAGCGGGAAGACCCUGUGUGUGACGUCAGGAUCCCCCCCGGCAGUGGUCCAGAACCCCAGUGUUCUCUGCGGCUUCCUCAAUCUACAGCUGGUGAAUGCCAAGCCACAAGAGUGUCUGGUGGGACAGGUGGGCACACUGCUGCUGGAGAACCCGCUGGGCCAGAAGCCCCUGACCUACCAGGGCCUGCUCCAUGAGACCGCCAAGGUGUUUGGCCUGCGCAGCCGGAGGCUCCGGCUCUUCUUGAACGAGUCCCAGACCCAGGAGCUCACGGAAGACGUCUCUAUGAAGUCGCUGAACAUGCAGACAGUGUAUGUAGACGUGUUACCCACCACCGCCGAGUGCUGACCGCCCCCUUG